AUGAAAACCUUCCUGAUCCGGACCUUCGUAGCUUCGACGAUUAUCGCCGCGGCGAUGGCUUCGCUUCUGCCACUGAUGCCCCAGUCGGGCGGUAUAGUCACCCGGAACUCGGGCCCCUCGGUACCGCUUCCCAAAGUCGUUCUCUUUAAGCAUGUAAAUGUGCGUUCCUGGUUUGUCAAGCAUGGUCGACCAAUCCCAGCCAUGCUAGCUGCCAUUAAGCCUGCUCAGUCAAAAUGGUCAAUGUAUCGCAGGAUCAAGAAUCGUCCGGGUCAUGAAGAUUAUGAUUCCUUAGUAAAACAGCUCACUCUACAACCCACCGUCGUUUACGAUCUCGAAGCUAUAAAACUUCCUCAGGACGAAAAGCUGGCUAGUCAAGCUCUUGCCGCGAUGACGCGCAAAGGAAAGUCCUUCUACGUGAUGGAUAACAAUAAGGACAACAAUCUCCGAGUUUGGCUCUUCCAGGCAAAGGAGAAUGCCAAGGGCGGGGUUGACUUUACCUACCAUAACAGGUUUACGGGCGGCAAUAAUUUCGAGGUGAUCAAAGCGUUGAACGCAGUCAGGCAUCUGCAUUAA